UCUUGUGUUGACAUGCCAUGCAUGCUGAUACAUUUUGUGUAAAUGUUGUGUGUGUAUAAAUGGGCCCGAGCUCCACCUGUGACACACACAGACAUGGGUCUCUUUGUGCUGAGUCUCGUUCUCCUGUCGGCUUCCUGUGACGGAGGGCCUUCUACGGCUAGCCCGGAUGAGGAGCCAUCUACGUCCCCAGUCACACAGGCCGCUACCACAGAAAUGAUGUUGGACCCUCAGGAUGAGGAGCCAUCCACCUCCGUGGAGCCUGCUACUCCAGAGCAGACGUCUGCUUCAACUGCCAGCCCCACAGGAGGGCCUUCUACGGCUAGCCCGGAUGAGGAGCCAUCUACGCCCCCAGUCACACAGGCCGCUACCACAGAAAUGAGGUUGGACCCUCAGGAUGAGGAGCCAUCCACCUCCGUGGAGCCUGCUACUCCAGAGCAGACGUCUGCUUCAACUGCCAGCCCCACAGGCUGUGCAGGGCCGCCCGCGCUGUGCUGUCCAGGGCAAAACAACUCCUGCUCCAGGGGCUGUUUCUGUGACCAGGCCUGCAUCUCAUUCAGGGACUGCUGUGACGACUACCUGCAAACCUGUCCACAAGUUCCAGACCCAACAGCAGCCACUGCAGCCACUGCCUUGACUGCAUUCACAGACGAUACUGCAUUCACUGCACCAACAGCAUCCGCUGAAUCCACAGAAGAUACGGCCACCACUGAAUCCACAGAAGAUACGGCCACCACUGAAUCCACAGAAGAUACGGCCACCACUGAAUCCACCGAAGAUACAGCCACCACAGCCUCCACAUCAAGCACCACAGAAGACAUCACUUCACCACUUCCUUCUUCAUCAUCGGCUUCAAUGUCGUCAACAAUAACAGAGAGUCCACCGAGCAGCUCCACCGCAGCUCCAGAGCUGCUUCCUCCAGACACAUCAGGAUCCACAGCCUCUUCUGCUACAGCUCCCACUCCAGGAGACGGCUUGGCCACACCUCCACCCAUAACAGGCCUCACACCUGCAGCAGAAACCCGUGCAGCUCCGCCUCCAUCUCAACCACCAGAUGGCGCCAGCCCUGGACCAGCGGCCAUCACCAGCAGCGCCCCCAACACAGAUUCGUAUGUCAUAUUUUUUCACGUAAAAGUCACUUAUUUAUCUCAUAACGAAGCCAUUGAAGAUGACAUUUCUGAGGCUUUAUCUGAUUUUCUGGAGCCGGUCUGCCAAGGCUGCAGUCUCACCAUCAGGCACAUCGGGCCCGCCUGACAGAGGCUGUUGACGUUUGCAUGUGACCUGUGAAGAAAAUAAACCGAAGGAAAUGACAGAUUCAGCAGGUUGUGCAGCUGAAGCUGAAAGAGGUGGUGGUGUGGUUGCCUUCAGUUGUCUGUGAGUCAAGAAUAAGCUGGAGUUCAUUUUACAAGCUUCCUGAUUCCAGUUCUCCAAUUUGUUGAAGCAGUCCUGCAUUUGAUGGAGUCUGUAAUAUCUGCUUUAUGGGUUUUUUAAUGUCUCCCCACUUGAGUUUCACUGCAAUAAAAGGAAAGAGCGUGAUUCAAUUUGUUACACUGAUUAAUUCUGAAGUUGGUGUUCAAGUGCAGCCGUGAUGAGAUUCCUUUCAGCCUGUGUGUCUGCGUCCACAACCCAGUCCACAUCACCGGAUCAUGUCAGGAAUAUUCAAACUGAACCCACUGGAUUCCAGCACUUGAGAGAUAAGUUGCAUUAGUAACUUCAGCUUAACACAAUCAGCUCAGCUGCCCGGUGGUGUCAUGGCUUGGUCUUUUAAAAUAACACCUCAAGAAUCAUUGAGAAGCUAAAUGUUGCUCUUAUGAAUCCACAUAUGUAAUCUUAAACACAAAGCCUGCAGUGUUCUCGAUAUGUUUCUUCAGUGAGUAAUCAGGCCAAUCCUAAACAGUGUUUUAAAUCGAAGGCCCUGCAGCUAAACUGAUAACUGAUAACAGCAACAAAAAAUAUGUAAAACAUUACUUUCAUCAGCAUUAACUGAACUGAAAGAAGCAAUCAAAAAUAUCUCACAGUCUUUAAAUGUUUCCUUUCAUUAUUUUGCAGACUGAUGGAAAUUAUCUCGGAUUGUAAUCCUGUAUAUUUAUAAGUAAAUAUUAAUCAAAAUGUAAUUUUGCUUUUCUGCUCUGUCACAAUGUUCUUUUUUAUUGUUAUUUUUAAUAAACUUUCUGAUGCUG